AGUCAUUUGAUGAGCAUAUUUCAAUAGAUAACUUUCCCCAAAGGCUUUAGCAUGAAGAUGUAUUCUCCGUAAUUUCCUGGGACAAGAGGAAGGAAAUCUGCCUGGGAAAGCUGCAGGUGUACAACUUCCUGCUUCACCCCCUCCCACUACCCAGAGAUCUCAGGGGUGCUGGGUCUGAUGUCUGGUACCCAGCGCUAUUGAAAACAGCUCUGGGGGAGCUUUACAGGCCCCAGGAGAGAACUAGUUAAAGAUGCCCUGUCAUGGGCCUUAGGGCAGACUUUUUCAGGGAAGGUAAGGGGUGCUGUGUUGGGUUUGCGGUUACAACUGGGCAGUAUGUGCUCUCAUUGCUGUAGUAGCGUAUGGAUAUCUUUGGAAGGGCAGACACAUGAAGACAGAAUAAAACUCCUCACUGUGUGGUCUCCAUGUAGGAGCUCAUUGUUCCUCACUCUCCUGUGACCAAGGACAGGAGGGGUGGCCUUUUCCUCAUUUCUAGGUCCUUCUGACUGUGAGUGUGAGGGGAGCUGAUUAACAGGCUGUGCAAUCUCCUUUGAAGGCACAUUCUGUGACUCCUCAAAGUACUGUCACCUGAGGAAACAACCCAGACCCCCGAUCAGGACCAGGACCAAAUGGCUGCUUCUCAGGGACCAGUCACCUUCAGGGAUGUGGCCAUAGAUUUCUCUCAGGAGGAGUGGGAAUGCCUGGACCCAGCUCAGCGGAAAUUGUACCUGGAUGUGAUGUUGGAGAACUACAACAAUCUGGCUUCCCUGGCUCUUUCAUGUAAAGGUAACCAUGCCUUUAUGCCAAAGCCCGGAAUACAAGAUUUAUUCUCUGAAAUAAUACUGAGUACACAUAAUGGAGAUAGCAGUUAUCAAUGGAUUGAACAUUGGAAAAAGUUUAAGCAAGAAUCAUGUAUUAAUCAUCGGACAAGGGAACUUGCAGAGGACCAUUAUAAAAGCGGAAGAGUCUUUGACCGAAUGUCUAAUCACAAUAUAUGUCAGGUUAUUCCUAUCGCGGAGAAGACACGCAAAGAGAGUAAAUGUGUCAGGUCUUUUCAGCAGUCUUCAAAUUACACUGAAGAAGAAAAUAUUCAUACUAGAGAGGAGGCUUACAAAUGGAAUCCAUGUGGGAGAGUCUUCAGUCAAAUAUUCAGUCUAAAUAAAAUGAAAAAAAUCCAUAAUGGAGAAAAACCUUAUAAAUGUAAAGACUCUGGUAAAAGAUCGAAUUGGCCUUCAGGUUAUAUGCUAAAUCAGCCUUAUAAAUGUAGCAAAUAUGGCAAAGCCUUUAUCAAUUCCUUUUACCUUAGUCGUCAGAAGGUUCAUUCUGGAGAGAAGUCUUAUAAAUGUAGAGAAUGUGGUAAAGCCUUUAGCCGGCCCUCACACCUUACUUAUCAUCAGAGAGUUCAUUCUGGAGAGAAGCCUUAUAAAUGUAAAGUAUGUGGCAAAGCCUUUCGCUGGCCCUCAAGCCUUAUUGGGCAUCAGAGAGUUCAUACUGGAGAGAAGCCUUACAAAUGUAGAGAAUGUGGCAAUGUCUUUAGCCAUUCCUCCUCCCUUAAUCUACAUCAGAGAGUUCAUACUGGAGAGAAGCCUUAUAAAUGUAGAGAAUGUGGCAAAGCUUUUAGCUGGUCCUCCUCCCAUAAUCUACAUCAGAGAGUUCAUACUGGAGAGAAGCCUUAUAAAUGUAGAGAAUGUGGCAAAACCUUCAGUGAUUCCUCAAAACUUACUCGUCAUCAUAAAAUUCAUACUGCAGAUAAGGUUUAUAAAUGUAGCUCAUGUGGCAAAGCCUUUAACCGGUUCUCACGCCUUAAAAAUCAUCAGAGAGCUCAUUCUAGAGAGAAGCCUUUUAAAUGUACAGAAUGUGGCAAAGCCUUUGGUUGGUUCUCACACCUUAAAAAUCAUCAGAGAGUUCAUUCUGGAGAGAAGCCUUAUAAAUGUCAAGUGUGUGGCAAAAGCUUUAGCUACUCAUCAGAUCUUAAUCGUCAUCAGCGUAUUCAUACUGGAGAGAAGCCUUAUAAAUGUAGAGAAUGUGGCAAGAGAGUUCACACUUCAGAGAAGCCUUAUAAAUGAGAGAUUGGCAAAACCUUUAGCCAGUCCGCAUCCCUUACUAAGCAUCAGAGAAUUCACACUUGAGAGAAGCCUUAUAAAUGUAGAGGAUAUAACAGCCUUUCAUCAGUGUUCCUGCCUUACUGCACAGCAGAAUUCAUACUUGAGAGAAGAGUUACAGAUGUGAGGAGUGUCGUAAGUCCUUUACCAGCUAUGAGAACUUACUGA